AUGGAAAAGAGUUUAAUUGAUGAACUUGUUGAAGGGAGAGAUCUUGCUUGGGAACUUCAAUUGAAUCUUAGUAAUGAGCCAAAAUCUUCCACAAAUGAAGCAUAUGUGUUGAUGGUUCAAAGUAUAUUGGCCAAAUUUGAGAGGUCACUACAGAUCUUGCAAAAUGAUCCAAAAUUAGUAUCAACUCAAGUUCAAAAGCCAAUAAUGGGAAAAGUCGAAUCUCCGAAUUUGUUUAAUGGAAGUCCUAAAAGUCAAGAUUCAGACGGAGAUUUCAAAGUAAACAGUAAAAAUGACUCCAGAAAAAGAAGGAAUUCACCUCGUGUGACGCAAAGAGUAGAAGGUUGUUCGAGCAGCGGGCUUGAAGGACCAAUUGAAGAUGGUUUUAAUUGGAGAAAAUAUGGACAAAAGGAAAUUCUUGGAGCCAAAUUUACAAGGGCUUAUUAUAGGUGCACAUACAAACAAAUCCAGGGUUGUCCAGCCAGAAAACAAGUGCAAAGAUGUGAAGAUGACCCUAGUUUUUUUCAAGUGUCCUACCGUGGAGAGCACACUUGUUCUCAUACUUCUUCCUCUUCUUCUUCAUCCUUCCCUAACAACCCUAAUAAUACAAGCAAACUUGAAAAUUUUGAAACCCUAUCAUUUAAUCCUCCUAAUUCUUCACAUUAUCCCCAUCAACAAACCCAAAAUAUUUUUUGGGAUUUCAAAAGAGAUAAUGUCAUAAAUCACCAUAAUUCUUCUUCCUUUGCCGUUUCCCCUAAUAACCCAUUAGUUAAUACUAAUUUUGCUCCUAAUGAAAUGGUGUAUUAUGAUGAUGCACAAGGUGGUAUGGUACAACCGGCUACUGCAGUUACCGACUUAUCUCCAAGUAUAACAUCCGAGCUAUUGUUAGAUUUUCAAGCUGAAAUUGAAAAUGAUUUCAAUAGAGAUGCGAUGGGAUGGGAUGAGAUGGGAUCUUAUUACUUAGGUUUAGGAAGAAAAUGGUGA